AGCUAUCUGAGAAGGCCCACUUCUUGUUCAAUGGAUGAUGGCAUUUGAGCAGAUACCAAAAAAGGAUUGGUACAGCAUUCUGGGGGCAGACCCAUCUGCAAGUGUGUCAGACCUAAAACAAAAGUAUCAAAAACUCAUAUUAAUGUAUCAUCCAGAUAAACAAAGUGCAGAUGUGCCAGCAGGAACAGUGGAGGAAUGUAUACAGAAGUUCAUCGAAAUUGAUCAGGCAUGGAAAAUUCUAGGGAAUGAAGAGACAAAAAAAGAGUAUGACCUGCAGCGGCAUGAGGAGGAUCUAAGAAAUAUGGGACCAGUAGAUGCUCAAGUAUAUCUUGAAGAAAUGUGUUGGAACAAAGAUGAUCACUCUUUUUCUCUGAGUUGCCGAUGUGGUGGAAAAUACAGUGUUUCUAAGGAUGAAGCAGAAGAAGUUACCCUGAUUUCUUGUGAUACAUGUUCACUAAUUAUAGAACUCCUUCAUUAUGGCUGAAAUUGUUCACUAAGUGGGAUCCUUUAACUGUGUAUUCAGACAUGUUGAAGAGAGCCAAUUCAAGUAAAUGUAUAAAGCUGAUAAAAAUAAGUAGGA